AUGCAAUUAUUCUUACAAGUUCAAGUAGUAUUGUGGUUGCUUGUCACCACGGCAUGGGCUAGGGAUUUCCAUGGCGGUGUUACUGUCGAUUGGGGUACCUUGAAUGUCGCUAAUGGAGAUGUUCACAUCUAUCCUAAUUCCAUUUGGUCCAUCAUCAACAAUCAUGCUUCCAAUUUCAAUGGAAACAUUCAAGUGGAUAAAGAUGCUGGUCUUUAUAUCUCCAGUGUUUCACCAAAGGUUUCCUUGUCAGUUACCUUGUCUGCCCUGAAGUGGUUUUUUAUCAACAAUGGUGUUGUUUCUUUCAAUGCAAUCAGAGGAGCUUCAAGUUAUAUAUUCAGAAUUGUUGGUAACAAAUUUGAAAACAAUGGUGACUUGUUCUUUUCCGCUUCAGGUGAAUCAUCUUCACAUAGUUACAUCAAGUCAAUCGACUGGCACAACAAUGGGUUAAUUCACAUUUAUCAACAAAUGAAGAGUGAUAGUUACACCUACUUGGGUUACGAUGGAAAAACAAUGGUCAAUAAUGGACAAAUUUGUUUCACCAAUCAAAACUGGAAGCAACGCUCAAGCAUGUUGGGAUCGGGUUGUGUUACUGCGCAAGGUAAAGCUUCAUUCUACUUUAUGAAUACCAAAUUGAAAAUCUCUGAGGGUGAAAUCUUUUACUUGAGUGGUGGUGAGACAUCGAUCAUGACUGAAGGAUCAACCAAUGACCCACAAACUUUCCAUGUUAGAGGUUUCGGAACAUACAAUGGUAUGGCCAACAAGAUUGGAUUGAAUGCCAAGUUACAUUCCCCUGUUGCAGGCAGGGCUCCAUGGGAAUACGAUGCUAGAGAUGGUAUCUUGACCUUGCACCAUGGAUCAUACUCACAAAACUUUGAAAUUGGUACUGGCUAUGACGUUACCAAGUUUGAAAUUGUCAGUGACAGAAGCAGAGGUUUGCCAGGAGUCACUUUGGGUGCUAUGCAAUACAAUGCACCUCCACCAAACCCAGGAAUGCCAGCAGAAUGUAAACCAUGUAAGGCAAUCCCAGGUAUUCCAGGUAUUGACCAACCACCACCAACUUAUACAAUGGACACUGCUACAAUAGCACCCACUGAAGAGAUUGAUGAACCUACUGAUGAACCUUUGCCAACCGAUGACAUCGAUGAACCAGAACAAACCACUUCUACAAAACGUGGACUCAUCAAGACUGUUACAGUUUUUGCUACAGCUACUGCUUUUGCCACCUCAACUUUCACUAUCACCAGCACUGUUUCUCCUUGA